AUGGAAGAUGCAACAAAAGUUAAUGUUCUUGCAAUAACAACUAACGUAAAGCUGAUGAUCAACUAUAUUACAAGACAUAACAAACUAGACAAUAAGAGGGAAAUCACGAUUAUGGAUAAAAGGUGUGUAGUUAAGAUUCUCGUGAAAAAUGACAUGGACAAUGCAAGGGUAACACUAUUUUAUAUAGCAAAAACUCUUAUUGGAUGCACAAUAGAAGAAUUCAUUACAGAGAAAGAAGAGCAUGAUAUUCAACCACGUGCACUGUACGUGCACUCCAACUGGUCAACCCAAAACCCCAAGUUUGCUCCGGCGAGCAGCAACUACAGUAGAGACCCCCAUCAAAAAAAAAAAAAAAACCUUCAUGCUCGCCCUCCGCCUCCGCCUCCACCGCCGCCUGCCGUGGGCCCACCUUCAGUCCCCCGUCGAUUCUCCCGCGUUUCUCCUCCGUCGGCGGCCUCGGCCGAACCCCUAGUGAUCCGAGUCAGCAGCCAACAAACAUCGCCCCAGUUCUCGGCACGCCCGAAGCCCGGCCCAAAGCCACGUCAGCUCCUCUCCCUCCCUCCCUUCCCUUCGCUCCCCAACCCUCUCCCUGGCCGAAAACUUCGAUCGGAUCGGGUCACGGCGAUUUCAUGGGUGAAGCACUAUUUCGAUGAUGUGGAGUCGAGCGUUGUUCAGAGCCAUUUUAGGAAGGGGAUGGUUCAUGUGGAAAGCCCAGGGAGUAAAACCUUGCCUGAUGAUGGAAAUUGCCAAGCCUGCUUGAAGAAGAUAAAGCACGAUGAUACGAUGGAGGUUGGCAUGAAGAUACAUCUUCCUGUGUCGGUUGCAGAGUCAAGGAUAAUCAAGAGAUAUGACACAAUACCGACUGCGACUCUGAAUCCUAAUAAGGAUGAGAUAGAAUACCUACAGAGGCUUGUGGUUCAUAAGGACUCUGCUAUAAUCGUACUGAACAAGCCGCCAAAAGUCCCCGUCAAGGGAAAUUUACCAGUCCACAACAGUAUGGAUGCAUUGGCUGCAGCAGCACUAUCUUAUGGGAGUAAAGAGGGUCCUAAGUUGGUACAUCGGCUUGAUAGAGAUAGCAGCGGCCUACUAUUAUUGGGAAGAAAAAAAGAAAGCAUUGCUAGGUUGCACUGGCUGUUUAGUGACGUUAAUCUAGCCAAGAUGUCUUCGCAGGUUUGGAAUGAUGCUUGUGAAGCAACGACACAGAGAUAUUGGGCGUUGGUCAUUGGUUCUCCCAAAGAAAAGCAAGGAGUAAUUACUGCUCCUCUUUCGAGGGGGCAGAUGUGGAAAUAUUCUCCAGAGACGCUAAGCCUAAUAUACUGUGCUUCUGUACAGGUUUUCCUGAAUGAUGGGAAAAUGGAAAGAGUAAUUCUAGCACAUCCUUCAGGUAUGGAUGGCUCUCAAGAAGCUGUAACUGAAUUCCGAGUCCUGGGACCUACCAUCAAUGGUUGCUCAUGGAUUGAGCUGCGCCCACUUACUGGAAGAAAACAUCAGCUCCGAGUGCAUUGUGCUGAAGCACUAGGCACUCCAAUCGUCGGGGACUACAAGUAUGGUUGGUUUACUCACAAAAGGUGGAAACAAAUGCCUCGUGUAGACUACGAACCAGCCUCUGGCGAGCCAUACAAGCUCCGGAGACCAGAGGGCUUGGAUGUUCAGAAGGGCAGUGUUCUAUCCAAAGUCCCUUUACUUCACCUCCAUUGUAGAGAGAUGGUAAUUCCUAAUAUUGCGAAGUUUAUGGGUAAUUCAGGCCAAUGGUAUGAUGAAGGCAAUCCUUGGUCUUCUGAGAAGCCAAGCGUUCUUCGAUUUGUAGCGCCAAUGCCUUCGCAUAUGAAAAUAAGUUGGAAUAUUAUGUCAUCUUACUUGGUUUGAGUUAUUUUGGGUUAUAGUAUUUAUUUAACAUUGUUUUGACGGUUUUGUAUUUUAAGGACGUUGUUGAAAGAAAUAGAAUGUUCAAUAUCUGGUUGGCAGUCUGUUGUAAUUUUUUUUUUUGAGUGUGGGUGCUAAUUUGAAUAUUCGAUUAAAAAAAUUGUACUUGUGUUA